AUGGUGCCUGUGCUGGUGCCUGUGCCGGUGCCUGUGCUGGUGCCUCUGCCUGUGCCUGUGCUGGUGCCUGUGCUGGUGCCUGUGCUGGUGCCUCUGCCUGUGCCUGUGCCGGUGCCUGUGCUGGUGCCUCUGCCUGUGCCUGUGCUGGUGCCUGUGCUGGUGCCUGUGCUGGUGCCUGUGCUGGUGCCUCUGCCUGUGCCUGUGCCGGUGCCUGUGCUGGUGCCUCUGCCUGUGCCUGUGCCGGUGCCUGUGCUGGUGCCUCUGCCUGUGCCUGUGCCGGUGCCUGUGCCUGUGCUGGUGCCUGUGCCGGUGCCUGUGCUGGUGCCUGUGCUGGUGCCUCUGCCUGUGCCUGUGCUGGUGCCUGUGCUGGUGCCUGUGCUGGUGCCUGUGCUGGUGCCUCUGCUGGUGCCUGUGCUGGUGCCUCUGCCUGUGCCUGUGCUGGUGCUUGUGCUGGUGCCUGUGCUGGUGCCUCUGCCGGUGCCUGUGCUGGUGGCUCGCGUACGCUUCGUGGGCACCUGUCGUACGGCCGUUGGCGGCUCCUUCCCGGCGUUCUCCGCACACUGCUUCUCGGGAUCCCGGCGCUGCUCUCGCCGCCAGGGUGGCUCGCGCUUCGCCUUGCUGGACUCUCUCGGGCCCCGUCCAGGCCGGGCCCCCCUCGUGCACCGCUGUUUUGGGGGUCUGGAGAUCUCAUACUAA